CAAAGAUAUUCAUAAAUAUCUUUAUAGGUGUGGUGCAACUUGUUCUUAUAAUUAAGUGAUUGAGGUUUUGAGUUUAGAGAGAUUAGAUGAGUUCUUCUAAUGGUGGUGUGCCACCGGGGUUUCGAUUUCAUCCAACCGAUGAAGAGCUACUUCAUUAUUACUUGAAGAAGAAGGUUGCAUUUCAAAAAUUUGAUAUGGAUGUUAUUAGAGAGGUGGAUUUGAACAAGAUGGAGCCUUGGGACUUGCAAGAAAAAUGUAAGAUUGGAUCAACACCACAAAACGAGUGGUACUUUUUCAGUCACAAGGACAGAAAAUACCCAACAGGGUCAAGGACUAAUAGAGCAACAAAUGCAGGGUUUUGGAAAGCAACAGGAAGAGACAAAUGCAUUAGAAAUACUUACAAGAAGAUUGGAAUGAGAAAGACUCUUGUGUUUUACAAAGGUAGAGCUCCUCAUGGACAAAAAACUGAUUGGAUUAUGCAUGAAUAUCGCCUUGAAGAUGGCAAUGAUCCUACUAAUGAAGAUGGUUGGGUAGUAUGCAGGGUAUUCAAGAAGAAGAACUUAUUCAAGAUAGGAAGUGAAGGUGGAUCCACACACAAUCAAGAUCAACAAAUGAACAACAUUUCAUCCACCAAUCAUCGCUCCUUCAUGCAAAGAGAAAACCAAUACUUACUACAUCAACACCAACAUCAAAACCACCCUAGGAACCUAUCCGGUUUCGAGCUCGAAAAACCCGAGCUCGGUCUACAUUAUCAACAUUUGCAAAACUCCCAAUACUCACUCUUCCACUCCCAAACCCAACCUCAACCUCUACAAGUUAACUUUGAUUACUCAUAUGCAUCAUCUUUACAAUCAGAUCAACCUAUUACAGUUAAACAACUUAUGACAAACCCUAGAGAUUGUGAGAGUGGUAGUGAUGGUUUGAGAUACCAAGUUUCAGAAUCUGGUAUUGAAGUUGGUUCAUGUGAACCACCUCAAGAAAUGGGUGUUGGAAGGAGUGAAGGAAUGAAUGAAUGGGGUAUGCUUGAUAGGCUAGUGAAUGAAGACUCAACAAAAGAGGCCACUAGGUUUGAGGAUGCUAAUCCUCAUCAAAUCAAUCAACUAUCAUUGAGGGGAGAGAUGGAUUUUUGGGGUUAUGGAAAACAAUGAUUUCCCUUCUCCAUUUUAUAAUUUAUAUUGAAAUUAAAUUAAGAUUGAUUAAGUGUAAGACAUGAUUUUAAAUUGCGGUUGCAUAAUGCUGUCAAUCUUGACAUUAAGAUAAAAUGUGGCCGCAAUUAUAAUUGUGAUUAUAUUGCACAUACAUCUAAAACUUUUAUAUUGUGGCAACAUGUAAUUGUGUACCACAAUUUAAAACUAUGAUGUAAGUUUGAAUGUCAUGCAUGCAUUAGAUGGUUCUAACCAUUUAAUUAUGGGUAUAGAAAAUAUAUAUGCAUAUUAUUAUUAUGAUUGUUAUUAUUUUGAUAUUGAUCAUUGAAGAUUAUUUGUAAUAUUUUAGAAUUUAUUGUUUGUCAU